AUGGUCACGAUAUUCGUUUCAAUCGUUCGGUUGAAUCGUGGAAGAAUGAACGUGUCUUUCGCUAUUUCCUCGCGUGAAGCCGAGUAUUCUCAAAACUUAUCCAUGGAAGAGUUUCGAAGAAGGAACAAAUUCAAGCAAGUCAAAUUUGCCAUCUAUCUCAUUGCCUUUGAGAUGAUCUUGCUUUGUGUCUUUCUUCGCUUGGCUCGAUAUUCGUUCACCGCCGAUGCUUCCAUGCCCGAAAAUGGCGUAUCUGUUGCUCUUGGGGGCGGAGGUGGGCGGGCAGAGGUUUCACAAUUAUUGAAGAACCUCACUUUCUUGGGCUUGGUUCAAAUCCUAUUCAAAGGGAACGCCUCAUCAUUGAUGCAGAUCAAAGCUCAUUCCUGUGCCGGUCAAAUCUUACACCUCCUGGUCAUAGCAUUGGGAUUUCAAUUGUCCUUAAUCUGCAGAGGUCUUUUCUACAUCCUUUACCAAGGGAUGGAGGAGAUUCCACUGGAUGUGCAUGACCUUUCUGAAGGGAUGAUGGCGGCCUUUGCCUUAUCGCUCGCCUCUAUGUUCGUCAUUGGAAGGACGGCCGGAAUCCACUUGAUCUUUCUCAUAAGUGUUUUCAUUCCACUCUUCAAUGUGUGCAAACUCACCAAUGAAGAGAUCUUCAUGGUCACUGAUCCUGGCAACGCCCUCACCGUUCACCUUUUUGCCGCCAUAUUUGGCUGGACCCUCCACAUUGUCACCUUAAGGAACAAGUUCCAACCCGGUUCCGAACUCUGCGCCCACAAACUUGAAGAGAAGGAUGUUUGGAGCACGUUUGGACCCAUCACUUUGUUCAUCACGUUUCCCAUAAUCAACGCCAUCCAAGCCGAGAGCGACGCCGAUAUGGGUCGUGCCAUAAUCAAUACCAUCAUGGCCCAAGUGGGAUCCAUGGUGUUCUCACUUGCCAUCAUGGUGGGCGUCACCCACAUCAAUGACCGAAUGUAUGACUACCAUGUCCUUCAAGGCUCCUUUGUGAGUGGCGGUGUGGCAAUUGCCUCAUCUGCCACUUUGAUGGUCCAACCUCAUGGGGCUUUGAUAAUAGGACUGGUCACCGGCUUGAUCUCUACAGUAUUCUAUCUAACCAUUGAAGAUCUGAUACAAGCCCGAUGGAGGUUACCUUGCACUAGUGGACUGUUCUCGUUUCAUGGAAUCCCUGCCUUUAUAGGAGGCAUCACGGCCGCCAUUUUGGCAGCCAUUUCGGAAGCAAGGCAUGGGACCAUAUCCUACCACAACAGCCUGUAUCCAAUCUACCCUGCCCGUGUUCCGGAUGUGGACUCUUGCAAGAACACAACUUGUUCGUACACGUUUGGUGAAAUCAUUAGCAACUACCCUUUCCUGGAGGAAAAGGCCCUGGGUCGCACCGCUGGAAUGCAGGCCUUGUUUCAGUUGAUUGGGGUACUCAUGGCUUUGACUUUGGCCAUAAUGGGAGGGCUGACGGUGGGACUGAUGAACAAUUUGUCUUCGGAUAAAUGUGGAAAUGAGUUUCCGAAUACUGCUUGGAACGACGAUUCGUUCCUUCUCAAUCAACGCCAAAGAAGCUUUAGACGCCAGAGCUCGAGCAAACCACUCCGAUCUGCGAGCAAUUCAAGCGAGGAGCCUCUCGAGGAGCCUCUCGAGAGGCCUCAAGAUAAAUGACAUGGACUUUUUGUGAUGCAAUACAUAUUUAAAGAAGUAGAACAUACUUUACAGAAAACAUAUUGGCGAUGUAUAGAGAGCGGAUGAAUGAGUUUCGUAGAAUAAUUUGCCCUCACUGUAAAACUAAUUUUUUAGCUCUCAACAAUGAAAUAUAAACUCUGCUCGGUCUC